AGAAACUUACAUGGAUAUAUUAAACACACCAGCAUAACUUUUCACUAAGCGACCGCUUUCGCAUACCAUGGACGACGGAACUCGUAUCUCGGAGGAGGUGGAGAGGUUUCUCCGUGCGGCGCGCGCGCGUGACACGGCGGACUGCAGUCGGAUGCUGAAGGAGAAACCCGAGCUGAUCAACUCCGUCGAGGCUGGCGGCUACAGCGCGCUUCACUUCGCGGCCUUCAACGGCGAUGUCGAAAUGAUGCGGCUGCUGCUGGAGCACAAGGCGGACCUCAACCUCGAAAACUUAGACGGCAACACACCUCUCGUCAUGGCUGUCAAAGGCAACCAGCAGGAGUUAAUUCGCAUGCUUGUCAACGCCGGCGCCGACGUGAACCGCGAGUCCGCCUCGGGCAGCACGGCGGCGCACUACGCGGCCUCGAUGGCCUACCUCGACUGCCUGCGUUUGCUGGUGGAGCUGGGCGCGAAGACGGUGUACGCGGCUAGCGAGGCCGGCACGCUGCUGCACUGGGCCUGCCAAUCGGGCGACGUGAACUGCGUUGGUGCCAUGAUUUACGAGUUCAAGGUUCCAGUGAACGCCGUGGACAAGCACGGUGGCACGGCCCUCUUCACGGCGCUGUUUGUGAAGAAGGUGGAGGUGGUCGAGUUUCUGGUGGAGCACGGAGCCUCCGUCAACGUCACCAUCGCAGCAGACGGCACGACGCCGCUGCACAUCGCCGUCGAGCACGCCAACGCGGAGUGCGUGCGGCUGCUGUACAGCUGCGGCGCUGACGCGGACGCAAAAAACAACGACGGCGUGUCGCCGCGCGAUCUGGCGAAGACGGUCAACGGCUCCAACUCUGCCAAGGAGCUGGAGAAGCCGCAGGUGCCAAAGGAGAAGCGCGUAGAUGAGGCCGCGCGCUUCAAGAAUCAGGGCAACAAAGUCUUCCAGCUCGGUGAGAACGUCAAGGCGGCGAAGUUCUAUACGCUCGCCAUCCACCUCGACGGCACCAACCACGUGUACUACAGCAACCGUGCCGCCUGCUACUUCAACCAGCACUUCUACACAGGCGCGUACUGGGACUCGCUCCGCUGUAUCUCACUGGACCCCAACUGGCCAAAGGGCUACCUGCGCAAGGCGGCCACCGAGCUCGCGCUGAAGAAGUACACUGAUGCGCUGACCACCGCGUCACAGGGUCUGAAGCUAGACCCCUCUAACAAGGAUCUUCAGCAAGUCAAGGACGAGGCUUUCAAGCAGCUGAAGAAGUAA